AUGCCUUCGAUAUCAGGUUUCAUAACCCGUUACUUCACAAAGGAACAACCAAAACCACCACCAAUCAGCACUGGAACCGCGGUCUUCCUACUCGUAAUCUACACGCUCAUCUACGUGGUACCAUUUUACCUUUCACCCACUACCAGGCCGUCUCGUACUCUAUCGCGGGACGCGCCGUCUGUGAUCCGCGCGCGGAUAACCUCGGUCUCACUGACCUGUAUCGCGUGCUCUACUAUUACCUUUGUGAUCUUAACGUCGCAGAGCCGGGCUACGACAGCCGAGGCCCUGCAUACGCUAGGCUACUGGCCUGUCGGCCUCGUGGAGACGGCGAAGUGCCUUCUGCUCACCGCUAUCCUCUUUGCCGGGCCAUUGUACGAACGUCUCGUCGUCGAUGAAGGAUGGCGAGAUUGGUUAUCUUUACAGCCAUUGUCUGAUCUCUUCAGUGAGUUGACGACCUGGCGUAACAUCGUAGCGGGUCCUUUCACAGAAGAAGCUCUCUUCCGCUCAGCCUCCGUGCCGCUUAUGCUCGCGGCGCAGACCUCUGUGACUACCACCGUCUUUCUCUCGCCACUAGUCUUCGGGCUCGCGCAUCUGCAUCACUUCUAUGAGUUCCGUAUCACGCAUCCGCAAGUACCUGUAACGUUUGGGCUUUUACGUUCCUUGAUGCAGCUCGGCUACACAUCAUUAUUUGGUGCUUAUGCCACGUUUCUGUUCCUACGCUCCGGUAGCCUAAUAGCUGUUUUCGUAGUCCACGCUUUUUGUAAUUGCAUGGGUCUGCCUCGUAUCUGGGGCCGUGUCUAUCCUGCUGUCGUCACUGAUGAGAGAGGGCAGUCGUAUCGACCUUCUAUUAUGUGGACCGUAGUUUACUAUAUAGUUCUAGUCGCUGGCGCAGUGGGGUGGUACAGAAAUCUAGGCUUGCUGACGGAGAGUACUAAUGCUUUGGUCUCCGUUAAUAUAUGA